AACAACAGUAGAACUGUUACAUACAGUUUUGCCUCAGUAUGUGGACUACAAUAUUGGGUACAAUUUGGCUGUGCCUUCUUUGUUCAUUAUUUGAACCAGUAGUUUUCUAUCAUUGUGGCAUCUAAAACAAAUCUUUUUAAAUCUACAUUUUUCUAAUCUUCAACCCUUGAAUAGAAUGGAACUGAAAGUUAUCAUGUGAGUUUAUCAAGAUAGAAUGGAAACAUACGACCGGCAAGAUGGGAAAAAUGGAAAACAUUAUCGGGCACCUGUACAACAGGGACAGUAAGAGACCUAUACCCUACAACCAUCGCAAGCAAAUAAUAGCCAAGUCCCGGAACUGCAGCUACCUGACUGAGAGAUGUAUCGAAGUGCCCAACACUUACAAUAAGAUAUUUGCUUCUGUUUGGGUGGACACUGACCAUGUGGUUGUGGGCACCAAAUGUAAUCGUUUGUUAGAAAUUAAUGUGCAGAAUGGAUCAAAACGAGAGAUACCAUUAAUGAGAUCACCUUACCCGCGGGAAGUACCAGACCAGACUGCCGGGAUACACGCUAUCGCUCUCAACCCCAGCAAAUCCUUCAUGGCUACUGGAGGUCAAAAUGUCAACGAUUUAGCACUGUACUCCCUGCCAGAUUAUCAGCCGUACGCUGUCGGAGAGUUUCACCAAAGCUGGCUCUUCGGAAUAUCGUGGAUCAACGACUUCAUGCUUUGUACUGGUGCACGGGAUGGUAACGUGUGUUUGUGGACCAUAUUCGACGUUGAUGGCUUCUCAACAUAUGAAGAAGAAUGUGGAAUGUACCGGAAAACACCUAUCGAGAUACUGAGAACUGAGGGUAUUAUCCGGAUACGAGAUACACACUACAAUCCCACCUGUGAGAGAUUGGGGACUAUAGGAUAUGGAGCUGGUAAAUACGACGCUAAAGUCUGUUUUGUGGACAUCAGGCAACCGCUGCAGAAAAGAGUGAUAACAUUGCCUCAAAAGGAGGAGAAUAUAGUGAUAUCAGGACAUGACAGCAGCCCUCUAUUUGCUGUUGGCAGCCUCUCCCAUCUCAUGCUUAUCGAUGAUCGAGAUCCCAAUACAACCGAUAUUACUUCAGUUAAAAUCCUCGAACCCGCUCAAGGCAUUAGGUCGUUAUCGUUUCAAGGAGACAUCAUUACAAUAGGGGCAUGUAAAACCAGCCUUAUGUUCUACGACGUCAGAAAUCGAAAAUAUGUAACCGAUCACGACGAAAAUCCAGUCAAACGAAAACUCAAGCAGGGAUAUGUUGCAGAAAAUAUGGACUGGCACAUGCACCGCUACUCAUUUUACCCUCCCUCAACAUCAGAUGUCAUCAGCAUUAUGACUCACUGCUACGAUGAUUCGGGACUCCGACUUUUCGCAGCCGGAGGUCCAUUACCUUUAGAACUUAUCGGUAACUACGCCUCGAUCUGGGAGUAGACUGUAUUUACUGAAUACAUAGUGAACUGUGAUAUUCCAUUCGCAAUUACCGGCCCUUGGUUCUACGGUCCUAGUAUCUAACUUGAGUUUGUCCAUGCAUUUUAGUUCGGAAUUUGGAUGUACCGGUUCUAAAUUGGUCCAGUAUUAUCUGGUGUUAAGAGGCGAAAAUAAGAAUUUGGCAAACAGGUGAGUCUGAAAAAAGCCGGCAACGCUUUUGUCCGGACAACUUAAGACCGAUAAAGUGUAAGCGUACAAAAUUGAACGGAGAAAAAGUUUCAUAGUUCAGUUUUAGUCAAGUGUCAGACCUUAAUUAAUGAUUCGGUUUUUCUAUAAAUUUGGGAAAUUUUUUGAUGCUCUUUACGGCUUGUAACUAAUUAUGUAAACCUACAUUUGGGAUUUUAAUAAACUAGAUGUUUUGGCGGUGGAACACUGCUUCAGUGCUGGUACCUUCGGGUCGACCUGUUCAUUGAUAAUAUAAUCAUCUGGGUAGUUGGUACAAUUCUUAAAACCCACGUUUAGAAUGACCUGUAAAACCUAGGUUAAACUGCAACAGGAUUAUAACGUGAUAGAGAACUUGUGGGCGAUUUUGUAACUGAAAAGAAAGUCGAAAUGUACGACGUUCAGUAAAGCGCGUGUAUACUCUCAAGAUAUUGGAUAUUGAUAACAAUAAUAUGGAGAAUGGAGAUGAACCUAGCAGUGGAAAAAAAGAGUAAACGAAUUUGUUCAGGUUACCUUUAUUUUGGUUUUGAAGGAAAUCUAAGAAGGAGCCUAUCACAAAUACACAUUGGUCUAAUAUCAAGAUAUGCGGUAGUUUUCACUCAAUCAAUUCAGCAAGCACGUUAGAGGAGAACUUGCUGUUUAGAGUUCUGUGUAUUUCCAGUUGAAGUCUGCGUAUUUUGAAAACCUGCCUGAAACAAUAUCUUGCGAGCUGGAAUAAGAGACCGAUUCGCUUGAAGAAGAAUUUGGUGGCUCUUGAUGUCAGUUCUCAAUUUUAUGUACCAUUUGUGCAGCUUUUCUUCCGUUAUGUUAGUUGGUUUUAAGUAUAGUAAUCAUUGAGUAUCUGCUUCAGGAAUCAACUAGUAGAUGGUAAACCAAAUGCGACUUUUUAGUGUACGAUAUUUUGUAUUGAAGAGCGUGAUUUGAUGAUGUUUUCUCAGGGUCGUCAAAUGAUUCUGAUUAAAGACCGGGCAAAUGAUAUAUUUAUUUGGAUUCUUACUGUUUUUCGAUUCUUAAUAAACAUAAAAUACCCAACACAUUAAAUUAUGAUAUGAAAGUGUUUUAUUUUUGGGUAGGUAUAAACUUGUACAAUUUUAUUUAUACACAGUUCAAGAAUUGUUGUGUGUAACAAAACAUUUUCCCAAAUAUAACUUAUCGCCUUAUUGUUUGUCAGCUUGAAUUUGAGCGAUAUUUAAUCCUUGUUAAUAUCAUUAUUUCUAUAUGUUUCUUCAGUGAAUGUUACAAAUUGUAUC